AUGCCGGCAACAAAGCCUGAACCACCUGCAGAUGAUCAGCCGCCGCCAACCCACAAGAAAAACAGGCCAACGGCCAGGCUUCUGCGGCGGUUCCGCUCAGUUUUCCGGUCGUUCCCGGUCAUCAACCCGCCGUGCAGAAUGGUGGCCAUCGGAAACCACCACCACCCCCACGACAGCCUCAUCCACGGCGGCGGAACCAAGAUGACUGGAACUCUAUUCGGGUCCAGGAAGUCCAGAGUAAACCUAGUGAUCCAAGAGAAGCCCCGAAGCCUCCCCAUUCUGAUUCUCGAGCUCUCCAUUCAAACCGGGAAGCUUCUGCAGGACAUGGGAAUGGGACUCGUCAGAAUAGCUCUGGAGUGCGAAAAGGAGGCUGCGGCGUCGUCGAAGGCGAAGCCGUUGAAGCUGAUGGAAGAGCCCAUUUGGAGCAUGUACUGCAACGGCCGGAAAACUGGGUACGCCGUGAGGAGGGAGCCAACGGACGACGACAUGGGCGUGAUGCAGCUGCUGAACGCGGUGUCGAUGGGGGCCGGGGUGCUGCCGGCUGCUGCCGGCGGCGAGCUCACGUACAUGCGCGCCUACUUUGAGCGCGUGGUUGGAUCGAAGGACUCGGAGACAUAUUACAUGAUGAAUCCGGAGGGCAACUCCGGUCCGGAGCUUAGCAUCUUCUUCGUUAGGAUCUGAAAUGGCUGACUUGCAAAUUGAAACGCGGAAUUUUUAUUUUUAUAUAGAUCGUACUACAGAGAACGGAUUAUCUGUAAAAAUUCUGUAAAGACGUGAUUUUCUUUAUGCUUGUUAAUUAUGCAUUGUUUUAUAGCUAGCUAGUAGAAUAUAUAUAUAUAUAUAUAUAUAUGGUGGGAUUGG